CGUCCCCCGGGCAAGAUGGCGGCGCCCACGCUGGGGCGGCGCGGCCGCGGGGCGGCGGGGCUGUGGGGCGGCCUGCGCCGGGCCCCCCGGCCGCCGCCGCCGUCCCCGCUGCGGCGGCGAGCCCACGAGCAGCCGCGGCGGGCGCGGGGCGCCGGGGGGCUGCUGGCGGCGCUGUGCGAGCGCGGCCUCUUCCAGGAGGUGUUCCCGGCGCAGAGCGCGGAGGAGCAGCUGCCGGGGCUGCUGGAGCCGGGCCGCCCGCCCCUCACCGCCUACUGCGGCUUCGACCCCACGGCCGACUCGCUGCACGUCGGGCACCUGCUGCCCGUCAUGGCGCUGCUCCACUUCCAGCGCGCCGGCCACAACGUCGUCGCCGUGGUGGGCGGGGCCACGGCGCGCCUGGGGGACCCCAGCGGCCGGCAGCGCGCGCGGGAGCCGCCGCCGCCGGCGGAGCGGGUGCGGGCGCAGGCGCGGGCGCUGCGCGCCGGGCUGGGCCGGCUCUUCGAGAACCACCGGGAGCUCUUCGGGGCGGCGGGCGGCGAGCGGCUGGGGCGGGCCGCGCUGCUGGACAACGCCCGCUGGCUGGGCCGGCAGCCGCUGCUCGGCUUCCUCGGCGGGGCCGGCGGCCGGCUCCGCAUGGGCACGCUGCUCAGCCGGCAGAGCUGCCAGGCGCGGCUGCGCAGCCCCGAGGGCAUGAGCCUGGCCGAGUUCCUCUACCCGGCGCUGCAGGCCUACGACUUCCUCCACCUCCACCGGCACCACGGCUGCCGCAUCCAGCUGGGGGGCGCCGACCAGAUGGGCAACAUCAUGUCCGGCUACGAGCUCGUCACCAGGAUGACAGGAACAGAUGUGUUUGGAAUUACUGUACCUCUUAUUACCAGUACUACUGGAGAUAAACUGGGAAAGACUGCGGGCAAUGCAGUUUGGCUAAACAGAGAUAAGACUUCUCCAUUUGAGCUAUAUCAGUUUUUUGUCAGGCAACAAGAUAAUAUAGUUGAAAAAUACCUGAAACUCUUCACCUUCCUUCCUCUUGAGGAGAUUGACCACAUCAUGGAAAUGCAUGCUAAAGAACCUGAAAAAUGGGGCCCUCAGAAACGACUUGCUGCAGAAGUAACCAAGCUCGUUCAUGGUAGAGAGGGGCUAGAAUCUGCUAAGAGGUGUACUAAGGCCCUUUAUCACAGCAGCAUGGAGGCACUGGAAGCUAUGUCUGACCAAGAGUUACAGGAACUUUUUAGACAAGCUCCUUCAGCUGAAUUGAUGCUUGAACCUGGAAUGAACAUUCUUGACUUGUGUCGCAAAGCAAAUGCCAUUCCAGAUGGACCUAGUGGGUACCAGAAAAUUGCAGAUGGUGGAGUUUCAGUAAAUGGGAUUCGAGUAACUAAUCCUGAGACUGUUCUUGUUCUCGGACAGCACAUUCUCAAGAAUGGAGUGUCAUUCCUUAGGAUUGGAAAGAAAAAUUACUACAUUAUAAAAUGGCUGCAGUUGUGACAACAGAACUUCUCCCUGAAAUGAUGUAUCGUUUUGACUCUGUUGCUUGAAGAUGUUUCUAUACUGUGUGUUACUACACAGUUUACGGACUGCCCACUACCGUAGUUCGUUCUCAAAAUACACCAACAGAGUUCAAAUAAAGGCAGCUAAGUUAUAUCACUGCAGAGAUUUUUAGAUACUCUGCCUUAUUCAAAGCACCAUAAGAGGAUGUGCACAAGAAGAUGAAAAGAUUGAUUUGAGAGUCCAACGAGGGAGAUGCUUUUCCCUUCCUUUAACAACCUUCUGUGUUGUAGGAGGAGAACAGUGGCCAGGUACUCACAGCAUAAUCCACAGCAAGAUGAGCAAAAGCAUACUUGAAACCAGUACUUCUUCCAGAGGAUGUGUGCUGCUGUCAGUUUGACUUCAUUCUAACAGUAAAACCUGCAUAAGUGGGUAAGGACAAACAACCUACGAUCAACCUUUUUUUUUCUGAACAGGUUUGCUUUGAAGGAAGCUUAGAAGAUUCACAAUAAAUGAGUACAAUGAUCAAGCUGUAA